AUACACUAUUAUUCACUCAUUCAUAAAUAAAUAUGGGGAAAAAGAGGAAAAAGGGUAAAUGCGCUAAGAAUGCUCAAAAUUCUGAAGGAGGUACAUAUAUAGAAGAAGAGAAUGUAAUUCACGCCCCACAUGUUCUUAUAAUUAAUCGAGGCCAUCUGCCCAGUAGGCUAAUGGAAUUAAUUAAAAAUACUCGUAGUAUAUUUGAGCCAUAUACAUCUUCGAAAUUAAAAGUUAGAUCAUCAAAUACAUUUAAAGAUUUUGUAAGCAUAGCUGGCACAUUUCAUAUUCAUCAUAUAAUUAGCUUUUCUAUGACAGAAACUGCCUACAAUAUGAGAAUUUGUCGGGUUCCCCAUGGUCCAACAUUAUUUUUUAAAUUGAUAGGUGCAACCUUAGCUAGAGAAGUGGAUCAAUUAAUCAGAAAGCCAAUAAAAAAUAAAGCUUUAUUUUCUGAUCAUCCACUUUUAAUUAUGAGUGGGUUUAAUAAGUUGGAUAUGCAUCAUAAAAUAUUAUCAAAUACAUUUCAAAAUAUGAUUCCAUCAAUUGACAUUAUAAAAGUUAAUUUGAAUAAAAUCAAAAGAUGCCUUUUAAUUAGGUAUGAUACAAAAAAUGAUGUAAUUGACAUAAGGCACUAUGCUAUUAAAGUUAAUCCAUGUGGUAUAAAUAAAGGGUUGACUAAAAUUGUGAAAGGUAAAAAAGUGCCCAACAUGUCAGAUUUCAAUGAUAUCCAUGAUUAUGUUACAAGAGAUCAAGUGUCUGAAAGUGAGAUUGAAAUUGAUGGGCCUGAAAAUCAAAUAGUAUUGCCUCAAAAUAUAUCUGGUAAAGGGAAUAUCAAAUCUCACCAAAGUGCCAUACGAUUAGUGGAAAUGGGUCCUCGAAUUAGUUUAAAACUAAUAAAAAUUGAAGAUGGAUUAUGUCAGGGAAAGGUAAUUUAUCAUCAUUACAUCAAGAAGUCUCCAGACGAAUUGUCGAGAUUAGAAGAAAUUCAUAGGAAAAAGCGGAAAUUGAAAUUGCUGAAAACGAACAAUAAACUAAAACUCAAAAGAAAAAUUGGUAGUAAAAAAAAUUCGUCCUUUAACUCAGCCAAAAAACGCAAGAAAGAAAUCGGAAUACCUUAAUAUAUUUUUUUAUUAAUUAUAAAUAGUUUAUUGAUAUCAUUAUAAUCCACGUGUAACGAAAUUUGUAAAUAAAUCAACUAU